AUGAUUCCUCCCUCCUAUCUCAACUUUGGAGCAACGGAUUAUAACACAUUACAAUGUUAUGGAAGCUUGCAGAGUAAUGCGGGCUUGAAUCUGUCUAUUUACGGGAUCACCUUUUUGAAAUCGGUUUUUGUGGUGUUCGAUGACGAGAAUAAGCGGAUCGGUAUUGCGCCAAAGGCUGUUAACAUGCCUAUUGGGCCUAUCAUAGAUAUUGAAGGUCGCAAAUGGGAUCAUAUACAUCGAGGAAUGAGUCCAUAGGAGUCCAUGAUGUUCUCUGUACUGUGUGUGACGGUCAGUAAUGAGGUUAUUCGCAGAGUUCGGUUUACGUAGUCACAUGCUAGGGUUACGUAGGGGGGUUCGUGAUUCUGUCACGUGAUCACGACAAUACAUCUUGUUUGCAG